AUGACCUUGAAAGAAAGGAUAAAAGCAUUAAACUGUCGUGUUUUCUUUCGGAAGCUAGAUUUGGAAGCUUUCAGAAAUUUGGAGAUCUUAGAUUUGAGGCUGAAUGGCUUAUGUGAACUGAAGAAGCUUGAAGAGUUAGAUCUCAGUCGAAACUCCUUUGAAGGAAUACUUCCACCAUGUUUGAACAAUUUGACAUCUCUGAGAUUAUUGGAUCUCUCUCAAAACCUACUCACAGGAAGCAUCUCUUCUUCUCUGAUCGCUGGCCUCUCAUCCCUUGUAUAUAUCGAUUUGAGUCAUAAUUAUUUUGAAGGUUCAUUCUCAUUCAGCUCAUUUGCUAAUCACUCUAAGCUAGAGGUGGUUGAAUUUACAAAUGACAACAACAAAUUUGAGAUUGAAACUGAACAUUCAACUUGGGUUCCUAUGUUUCAAUUGAAGGUUCUGAUAAUAUCAAACUGUAACCUUAAUAAGCUCACUGGUGGUAUUCCUAAGUUCCUUCAGUACCAAUACAGUCUGACAGUAGUCGAUCUCUCUCUCAAUAACUUGUCUGGAAGCUUCCCCUAUUGGUUGGUUGAGAACAAAGACUUAAAGUUUCUAAACCUAAGGCAUAACUCUUUCAUGGGUCAAAUUCACCUGACAUGUUGCCCCCAUAUCUAUUUGGAUUGGAUGGAUAUCUCAGAUAAUCUGUUCAAUGGGCAGCUUCAAGAAAAUAUAGCGCAGAUGAUUCCUCAGUUAAGCCAUCUAAAUCUAUCAAAGAAUGGCUUUGAAGGUAAUAUCCUAUCAUUGAUAGUUCAAAUGAGUAACUUAAAGGAAUUGGAUGUGUCUGGUAAUGAUUUCUCAGGAGAAGUACCAAAGCAAUUUUUUGGUGGUUGUCAUAAUCUGAAGGUUUUGAAAUUGUCGAAUAAUGGAUUUCGGGGCCAAAUAUUUUCAGAAUACUUUAACUUGACAGGAUUAGAGUAUUUGCAUUUGGACAAUAAUGAGUUUUCAGGGACUCUAUCAGAUGUAAUCACCAGAAGCCCUUUAAGUUUGCUGGACAUCUGCAACAACUACAUGUCUGGUGAGAUGCCAAACUGGAUACGUUCUCUUCCUUCUUGUGAGAACCCACAGUUUUUAGAGCAUAUACAUUUGCAAGGAAACAGCAUUCCCAAGUCAAUUGUGGCACUUUCCAACCUAAGAAUUCUUCUGCUUGGAGGAAACCAUUUAAGUGGCCUGAUUCCAAAUCACCUAUGCCAAUUGACCAAAAUAAGUUUGAUGGAUCUAUCGAACAACUCUUUUUCUGGGUCAUUCCCUAGGUGUUUGGGGCAUUUCCAAUUUGGGGAGACAACCACCAGUGAUAAUGUGUUUGCGCCAUCAACUCAGUUUGGUUUCGGGAAUGGAAUUCAUAUAUAUGCAGGUUACCUAGACAGAUAUUUCUACAUCAAUGGUGAUAUAUAUGAUGAACAAGAUUAUAAAGGUGACAUUCUUAACUUCAUGUCUGGAUUGGAUUUGUCAUGCAACAACUUAACCGGUGAAAUCCCUCGUGAACUGGGAAACCUAAGUUCGCUUCAUGCACUAAACUUGUCUCACAAUGAGUUGCAUGGCAUCAUCCCGAAAGGGUUUUCAAACCUCUCUCAAAUAGAGAGCUUAGAUCUUUCUUACAAUAGAUUGAGUGGUGAAAUUCCUUCAGAAUUGACCCUACUAAAUUUUUAAGCAGUGUUCACUGUAGUUCACAAUAACUUCUCUGGUAGAGUCCCAGAUCUGAAACAACAAUUUGGAACAUUCGAUGAGACUAGCUAUGAUGGCUAUCCUUUUCUUUGUGGGCCACUUUUGAAGAAAAAAUGCAGCAUUAAUCCUGAGUUACCAUAUUCACCUGUGGCACUUUCAGACAUGAAAGAAGUAAAAUGGUAUGAUAUUGAUCGGGUUGUCUUCUUUGCAAGUUUUGCUGCAGCAUAUAUUACGAUCUUGCUGGCAUUUGCUACUGCUCUUAUGUUAACCCCCAUUGGCGUUGGAGGUGGUUUAAUUUUAUCGAGGACUGUAUAUAUUUAUGCUACUAUUUUCCCUUUGAUGCCUUCAACAAGAUAUUAGCUUAUUUACAUAAGUAGUCAUACUUGUUUCUAUUACCCAUGAACAAUCGGUAGUGGAUUCAUACUUGAGACAUCGCGUUUUCUCUCAAAUAUAUAUUGUAUC